AUGCAGGACAUCCUCUACUCGAUGGUACCCAGAUCACUCGAUAUGGCAGGCAAUUUAUGCGAGACACCAAAUCAGAUUUAUGCAAGUGAAAAGGAGAGAAAGAAGACAGGAGCACGUUACAGAUCGGAUGUUCUUGUUUUGGCCAGCGUCAUCUUUACUGUUGGCGUUGUGGUUACCGGCUAUAUUCUGGCGUUUUCCUCCCGUUUCGAUGGAAAUGUGAAAUAUUUCUGCGGCAGAAAAGCGACAUUUGGAAGGAAAUUUUCUGGAUUUGUUUAUGCACAUAAUGUUCUCGGCUACGUCUCUGGUGUAGUUCUAAAUUCGAUUGCACUUCAAAGAAUUGAAAAUGAAGCGAAGAGUCUUUAUGAGAAAUCAGAGUGCAAGGAUCGUCGAAUUUUACAUAUACGCUCAUGUCUCAUAGUUUCCACCAUAUCAACAAUUCUGGUUUCAAUACCAAAUUGCUUGUCGUUAUUCAGUCUUCUUAUAAUUUCAGUUAAAGACAGCAUAUCGAAACCAGCAGUUUGGGCUACAUGUGUGAAUUCUGGUGUGAACCUAUUCGUCUACUUUAUUCUGGAUCGCGAUUUUCGACGACACGUGUUAUUUCUUUGGAAACGAGAAAAAUACGAUACCGUUUCUGAGGAACAGAAUGACAACAAAGAGGACAAACGUGAAAAUCGACAUUUCAACCAAUGUGAAUCGGGAACUGUAGCCAGUGACAGUGUUUUCGAACAGAAAAUGCUAAUCUUGAGCCAAUAG